GUCCAUUGAAGCAUAGGAACACAAUAUGCAAGCGGAACAUCAAUCCUUUCCUAUUAGUUCAAGUUGAAUUUCAAGCAAGUUUCGCAUACAAUCAUAUAAUUCGACAGAAAAAUAUUGUUAAGUGAUGAACGGUGAAGUUACGAGACAAACAGCCGUGGGAGCAGGUGUUUGUGGUGUUUUAUUGCUCGUUUGUGGUGUUGGAUGUUUGAUUCCAGGCUUUGUUCUGAUAGCGAAUGGAGAUGCCAAUGCCGAUGGAUUGUGGUSUGGCGUCUUGCUCCUUAUCGCUGGGGUUUUAGGGAUGGUCACGUGGUGGAAACGUCACAGAGGAGUGAUAAUUGGUUUCCUCGUCGUCACCAUCUGCGUAGUUAUCGCUAUGUUCAUCGAAAGUAUCAUUGCAGGGGUACGUUACGCCUAUUAUAAAGAAAAGGCGAGUUGGUACUGUCAGAAGACAGGUUUUAACUGCAAAUGCUACCAAUAUGGUUACGCGAAAUCAAGCAAAGAUUUAUACUGCGACCAAUCGAAAAUGGACUCCAUCAUCGGAUCGCUAUUGACUAUCGUUAUCUUCAGCGUUAUCGGUGGCAUUGCUUCAUUUACGGGCUCAAUCUUUGGUUGUAUGGGAACCUGCUCCACACAGGGUCAACCGGGCACCGUGGUGGUUCAAAGCCCCGUUGUAAUGACAACCACAUUACCCGGUUACUCAGUUCAACAACCCGGUUACUCAAUUCAGCAGCCUGGUUACUUAGUUCAACAGCCUGGUUACUCAGUCCAACAGCCUGGUCACCAAGCACCUCAGUCUGAUUACCAAGCUUCAAAGUCUGGAUACAAGGCUCCACAAUCUGGAUACCUGGCUCCACAGUCUGAUUACCAAGCUCCACAGUCUGGUCACCAAGCACCAGGAUCUGAUUACCAAGCACCUAGUUCUGGUUACCAGGCCCCUCAACCAGCUGAUAUCGAUCCACAAGCAAGUUCAAGCCAGCAACAAGUUCCUGACGAACCUCCACCGCAAUACACUAAACAUCCUCUGUAAGAGUCUUACACUUGUAUUUGAAAGUUACUGUUUUUAUGCGUCAACCAGACCUAAAACUAAGAAGGCUCAUUACAUAUAGUGGUUCAAUAAACUUAUAAUACCCGUAAAUUGCAAACAUUUGUUUUAAUUUUGCUUCUUACAGUUAAGAGUCGCUUGGCGGGUAAACGACAAGCAUGUGCUGAUAAAUAAGUAAGCUUACAUCUUAUGUUAAUGGUGUUAACUUCUAGCAUAUACGCAAGCAGGUUCUUUGCCAGUGCCUAUAGGUCAUAUAAACUUUGGUUUCAUACCAGAUGCACUUAAAGCUCUGUAAAAGUUAAUGGUGAAUUUCCUUUUUUGAGUAAAACGAGUUAUAAGUAA